AUGUCUAAAACAAAUGUGAGAAAACAAGCUUUAGAAAGGAGCCCAAGUUUCAAAGAUACACAAAAAAUAUUGAACCAAAGUUUUUUCCAUAAUAGAAAUAACCACCUCAAGAAAGUGUACCCUAUAGGGCUUCAAAAAAGCACUUCUUCACUAUCUUUAUCUUCUGUUUCAUUAUCUUUGUCACAAAACUCAAAUGACUCUUCUCAAGCUGAUUCUUUGACCCCAUUGGAUGAAAAGAUUUCAUUGGCACUUCGUUUGAUCUCAGCUUCAUCACAUGAAAGAAGAGAAUCAACCGUAGCUAAAACUAUACACCAACAGUCAAGUCCAGUAGUGAUUACUGAGCCAGGGGAAUUGAAAAGAUGCAAUUGGAUCACAAAAAAUAGUGAUAAGCUAUACAUAGAAUUUCAUGAUGAGUGCUGGGGAGUUCCGGCUUAUGAUGACAACAAAUUGUUUGAGCUGCUUGCAAUGUCCGGAUUACUCAUGGACUACAAUUGGACAGAAAUCAUAAAAAGAAAGGAACCACUUAGAGAAGUUUUUGCUGGAUUUGAUCCUUACAUUGUUGCCAAAAUGGAGGAAAAGGAAAUCAUAGAGAUAGCAUCAAACAAAGCACUUUCUUUGGCUGAUAGUAGAGUUAUGUGCAUUGUUGACAAUGCCAAAUGCAUAAUGAAGGUUGUUAGGGAAUGUGGAUCAUUUAGUAGCUACAUAUGGGGUUUUGUUAAUCACAAACCAAUAAUAAACAAAUACAAAUACCCAAGAAAUGUGCCAUUAAGGAGUCCAAAAGCAGAGGCUCUUAGCAAGGACAUGGUAAAACGUGGAUUUCGAUUUGUAGGACCAGUGAUAGUGCACUCUUUUAUGCAAGCUGCAGGAUUAACCAUUGAUCAUCUUGUGGAUUGUUAUAGACAUAGUGAAUGUGUAAGCCUAGCAGAAAGACCUUGGAGGCAUAUCUAA